CCUCGCCCUCCUCCCCUCGACAAGCAAAUCUCUCCAUAACUCUCCUCCCUCCCUCUCCCUCUCUCUCGCUCUCUCAAUCCGUCUUCUAGUUAUCUUGGGAGCAAUUUAGAAGGCUAUUCAUAAACGCCAAAGAUGGUGAAGAUCUGCUGCCUUGGAGCCGGCUAUGUCGGCGGCCCAACCAUGGCUGUAAUUGCCCUCAAAUGCCCAUCCAUUGAAGUGGUAGUUGUCGACAUCUCCGUCACCCGCAUCUCAGCAUGGAACGGCGACCAGCUCCCAAUCUAUGAGCCGGGCCUCGAUGAUGUCGUCAAGCAGUGCAGGGGGAGGAACCUCUUCUUCAGCACCGACAUCGAAAAGCAUGUCUCUGAGGCCGACAUCAUCUUCGUCUCCGUGAACACGCCGACCAAAACCCGCGGCCUCGGAGCAGGCAAGGCCGCCGAUCUCACCUACUGGGAGAGUGCAGCCCGCAUGAUCGCUGAUGUUGCGAGGUCCGACAAGAUCGUGGUCGAGAAAUCCACAGUCCCCGUCAAGACCGCCGAGGCCAUCGAGAAGAUCUUAACCCACAACAGCAAAGGCAUCGACUUUCAAAUCCUCUCGAACCCAGAAUUCCUCGCGGAGGGCACGGCAAUCCAGGACCUAUUCAACCCCGACCGAGUGCUCAUCGGCGGCCGGGAGACGCCGGGAGGCCGGAAGGCAGUUCAAGCAUUGAAGGAUGUCUACGCCAACUGGGUGCCCGAGGAUCGAAUUCUAACCACCAAUCUAUGGUCUGCGGAGCUAUCCAAGCUUGCAGCCAAUGCCUUCUUGGCUCAGAGGAUCUCGUCUGUGAAUGCCAUCUCAGCGCUCUGCGAGGCCACCGGAGCCAACGCGUCCGAGGUGGCCUACGCCGUGGGGAAGGAUACAAGAAUCGGGCCUAGAUUCUUGAAUUCCAGUGUCGGAUUCGGAGGUUCCUGCUUCCAGAAGGAUAUCCUCAAUCUAGUCUACAUCUGUGAGUGCAACGGCCUCCCUGAGGUGGCCAACUACUGGAAGCAGGUCAUCAAGAUCAACGACUACCAGAAGAGCCGGUUUGUGAACCGAGUGGUGUCCUCCAUGUUCAACACCGUCGCCGGGAAGAAGAUUGCCGUGCUCGGGUUUGCAUUCAAGAAGGACACCGGGGACACGAGGGAGACUCCCGCCAUUGAUGUCUGCAAGGGCCUCCUGGGCGACAAGGCCAGGAUCAGCAUCUACGACCCCCAGGUGACGGAGGACCAGAUCCAGCGCGACCUCGCCAUGAACAAGUUCGAUUGGGACCACCCGGUCCACCUCCAACCGAUGAGCCCGACGGCGGUGAAGCAGGUGACUGUCACCUGGGAUGCAUACGAGGCCACCAAGGGGGCGCAUGGCGUCUGCAUCCUGACCGAGUGGGACGAGUUCAAGUCGCUCGACUAUAAGAAGAUCUAUGAGAGCAUGCAGAAGCCAGCAUUUGUAUUUGAUGGGCGCAAUGUCGUGGAUCCACAAAAGCUUAGGGAGAUUGGCUUCAUUGUUUACUCGAUUGGGAAGCCGCUCGAUCCAUGGCUCAAGGACAUGCCUGCUGUGGCUUGAAUCGCAGCCAUCUUCUCAGGAGAGAGAGGGGGGGGAGGAGAUCGGUUGGAAUUUUGAGGGAUCGUCAUUUUAGGCUGCCAAGAUUGGAUGGAGGAUUCUUUAUAAUUGCUGUUCCUUUUGUUUCAGAUUUGCUAUUUCCUUCAUGGUCUAUUAUUAUUUCCAAAUUAUAGUUAGGCAUCGCAGGGUCAAGAUCUAUGUUUGCCCUGCUGCUUUUGAUCUUAUUAUACAUUAUAUGGAGUAUUUUUCUGCUGCAUUUAAGAAAUAGAGAUGAAAUCUAUUACUCUUUCUCUGA